AUGAUUGGCUGGAACUGUGUCAUUCUUUUUUUUCAUUGUGCCUAUUUCUUUUCUUACGUCAAUGCAGGAGCAAACUUUACAACUUUACAUCAACGAGAAGCAUGGCCUAAUCUCUCAUCCACACGAGCCGUAGCUAUACGAACACAGCGUGAUAUUUCAGAAAAUGCAACCAUAAUAGAUGAUGUUGUGGUGGGAGUCAAUAUUACCUCCACAGUAUUUGAAUCAUUUGGCUACACUUCAGAAUCAUUAGCAGAGAUAAACACUUUAUUGGACGUUGGUGUUCAAGCACUUUAUAUUGAUCUUUAUUACAAUGAGUAUUCGAGAGAUUGGUCGCUUUGCCCUCUUGAAAGUUUAAUAACAAAUAGAACAUCAGAAAGAUGCGAAAGUCCACAGACUUUUAACAUUACAUCGCUGAUAGGUGUGAUCAAUAACUUCAUUUCUCUCACCGAUAAUGUUCUAAACACAAAUCCUCUUUAUUUGCUAAUUAGCGUACAUUCGAUCGUUUAUACGAAAUCAAAAUAUAUAACUGAAAUUCAUUAUUUGGAAUCAGAAUUUCAGAAUUUGAAUAACUUAAUAACACCAAGCCAUUUAAAUAUUACAUCCAUUCCAUCACUACAGGAAAUGCUAUUUACGGACAACUUGAGAACGUUAGCAAUAUUAAUCAACGACGAUUUACUUCUUAAUACUACAUAUAAGGAGAAUUCAGGUCUUAAUACCAUGUUUAUUUCAAGUUCUUUGCUGGGGACUCAGAGGUGGAAACAAAUUUCAGAUAACUAUCCAACGUUGCCUGUUGCAUGGAAGGAUAUCGAUGACAUCAACAACGUCACAAUUUCUAAUGAUACAUCAAGUUUUCGGUUUACUUAUUCCCGGGGGGAUAUCUCAUUAGACACAUUUGUGAAGUCCAUUAAGUUAGGGUACUCACCAAUCAUUUCGCAAAUUUUUUCAAAGCUUUCAGACAUAUCUGUAUAUCUAGAAUAUGCUUUCUGGAGCUGGGCUGUUUAUCAACCUACAUUCGAAAAUACUGGCUCCGCAACAGAUGAAACAAGUAGUGAUAUUGCAAAACUAGAAAGAUGUGCAAUUAUUACAACUUCGGGCUGGAAGGUUGUAAAAUGUGGCGGGAGGUACAGAGUCCUUUGUCAGAACUCAGAGAAACCAGACACUUUUGCUGUUUCUAAAGUUUCUUCAGAUUUUUUAACGGCCAGUGAAUCUUGCUACGAUAUUGGAAGCAACUAUGUCAUUGCUGUGCCAACUACAGUUUUUGAACAGGACAAGGCAAUUGCAGUGAUACCUUCUACUGACACAGGUCUUUGGAUCGAUGUUAACUCAUUAUCGAGUUCUAACUGUUGGGUGAAGGGUUUAAGCACUGUUUGCCCUUAUCAAAAGACAAUAUCAAAAAUGAUAUUUAUUCGUAUGAUAACGCCAGGUGCGGUUAUUGCAUUUAUCUUACUUUUACUUCUUAUUCUUUUACAGUUCAAUAGGGUUCCGGUCCACCAAAAUCGACGUCGUUGGAGAAAAUUAACGCAGGAGCAGGCUGCAAAAGAAGUGGAGGGGGUUCCAUCUUGA